AUGAAGAUCAACGACGAAAACCGGGAGAAACUAUUGGCCGAACUCGACGCUUGGUACGACAAACAGGCCGAGAAAACUGACAAAGAUCUAUUCGAUGCGGUUGUCUUCAAGAAAUUGUACAAGCAGCUGUUGAGCGAAAAUGCUUAUAUUGACUGGGACCGGUGGAAAUUUAUAAGUGAAGAUGUGCAGAGGAAUUUUGAUGAUUUGCCGGUAUUUGAGCGUGCAAAGACUGACGUCUUGGACAGAUUAGUGGUGAUCAAACUCAAUGGAGGCCUCGGUACCACAAUGGGUUGUAAAAACGCAAAAAGCUUCAUCGAAGUGAAGGACGGGCACUCGUUCCUCGACUUGGCGAUUGCACAAAACGAGGCUUUCAACAAAAAAUACAAUGCCAAAAUACCGUUGCUGUUGAUGGACUCCUUCAAUACUUUUGCUGAUACUAGAGAAAAGCUUCAAGGUCGUAACGUGAGACAAUUCGAACAGAGUCGUUGCCCUAGGGUAUAUUCAGACACUUUCCUACCAGUGGAGGAGGAAGCGGAACGAUGGUACCCGCCUGGCCAUGGAAACAUCUUUGCUUCAUUGGAAUUUUCCGGGGAAUUGGAUCGGUUGUUGGCCGAGGGUCGCGAUAUAAUAUUUGUUUCGAAUAUCGAUAAUACUGGUGCGGUGAUUGAGCCGCGGAUUGCUCAGUUUUUUUCCGAAAUUGGCGCUGAAUAUGCGAUGGAAUGUACUCCAAAAACGCAAGCGGAUAUUAAGGGAGGAACAUUGAUCGAAAUCGGCAACCACAUAAUGCAUUUGGAAAUCCCGCAAGUGCCUCCAGAGCACCUCGAUGACUUUUGUAGCACAAAAGUUUUCAAAAUCUUCAAUACGAACAAUAUUUGGGUUAAUCUGCGGGCUGUGAAGAAAAACUUGGAGCAGAUCCGGAGUGAAAUUAUUGUCAAUAAGAAGAAGCUUUCAAACGGACGUGAAGUGAUACAACUCGAAACAUCCAUCGGUGGAUCGAUUAAGGCUUUUGACCAUGCUUACUGCAUUCAUGUACCGCGAUCUCGUUUCUUACCGGUCAAGAAAACCGAUGAUUUGCUAGCGCUAGCUUCUGACCUUUAUGAGUUGCAGCCCGAUUUUAGUUUAAAACUGUCCGUUGACUCCGCUCCAUUAAUCACAUUGCCAUCACAUUUGCAGUUGUUGAGUGGAUUUCGGAAUGCAUUCCCGGAAUACCCAAAGAUGCGCGAAUUACGAUCGCUAUCUGUGGAAGGGGACGUUUGUUUUGAGGCUGACGUCACACUAAAGGGGAAUGUACAAAUCAAAGCGGAACCGGGCGCGAAGUUGAUUGUUCCACGAGGUGCAACCAUUGAAGAUCAAGUAUAUACCGGGAAA